AUGCAGAGCUUGUCCCGGCGUGUGCUUUCGGAUAGCCAUGUAGUGCAAAUCUACGAAUGGGCUGAACACAGUCCACAGGCGGUACUCAAAUGCACUUGUCGACAGGUGCGUCGUAUCAAAACCCUUCCGUCCUUCUCCCAUGCUCUUGGAGGUCAAGAUGUCUUUCUCCAUCAUGAGACACCUGCUAUCAAUGCCGAGGUAUGCGGUAUGCUCGUUGGAGUCACGCCCAAGGAGAAUCAGGUCAUCUACCAAGUGGACGACGGAACAGCUGUGCUACGCGUCAUUGAGACUCGUAAGUCGCUACGUCAGGCUGAGUCUCGCCUUCAUCCAGCUGCUUCCAGCGCGAUGAUUCCUUCCGGCGUACCCGAGUGCUACAUUAUGCCUCCGCAGAGCAAAGCUUCCUCUUCGGCACAAGGUCUUGACAAUCAUUCGGCAGCACCGAUGCUGGCUCCGCUCAACCCACGCUUCGAGGUGGCCGACAUCGUACAAUGUCUAGGCAGAAUUCAGAUUGAUCGCAGCGGUGAUCGAUACCUCGCUCUUAAGUCGAUGGAUAUGUGCAUAGAUAUCAACGCAGAAGCGCUGCAUCAGAUUGGUGUUGUCAGGCUCGAGAACGAUCUCUAUCGCCAGCCUUUCGACCUUGCUCGCAUGGAAGCGCACAGCACAACCUCCAACCACUCAGCGCCGUCUCGCAAGGCCCACGCAAAGACUUCAGUCCGGCAGCUGAUCUCUGAACUCUCCCAGAACGAGCAAAGUACGCCUGCCAUGGUGGCAGAUGACGCUGAUGAAAGCCAACAGAAUCACACGGGAGGGCAACGUUUGUCUCGAGACGAGGCCCGCAGACUGCUGUCGUGCAACGGUCCCUUCUCUUCUUCCCCAGCAGAGUCUGAGUCCAUUACUGCCGCCAAGUCGCUCAACCACAGCUCGCAGCCGCGCUCAUCCCGGUACAGCGCCCGAAAGCUGCGCACACAUGACAAGAUUGCCGACCACAAGUUGUCCGAAUUCUACUUCCAGCUCCAGUUGCAACAGCACAUUAGCCUUCGCCAUCACUCCGACUCGUUCACCCUCUCGGACCUCUCCUCUGACGCGAACCUCGCAGCCCUGGCAGGACGCCUUGUUCGUCUUCGUCUGCAGUCUCGAAAGAGCUCUCGCUCUUCUGACAUACCUCGCCAGAUCGACAAGGGUGAGACCAGCAGAAAUACCAGCGAGCAGCCUGCAGAUAAAGUCAAGCGCCUCUUCGAGUGGGCCAUUCGCAAAAUGAUGCGAGAUGGUUUUAUCACUUUGUCAGAUUCGGAACAAUUAGGCUUUACAGCGAGCGCAGCUAUCGGCCUACGCUCGCACCAUGUCGAAUCGUAUCGUCUUGUGACGCCCGAGUAUCUCCUACAGCCCCUUCGCAAGUUGCUGGGCACCAGUACUAAGUCGAAGCCGCUGGAGGAUACAGCCUGUGACAUCGACGAUCUGACAACUCGACUACGCAUCCUCGACGAUCGUUUCCGCUUUGUCAGUCGCUCUAUCGUUCAGGAGAGCUUGAAUAUGUACAACCAACGCUACCUGCCCAUCGUAAUUGAUUGA